AAUCAUAAUUAAGAGUAGACCCUACGUGUACUUUAAUAAAGCGCACGGUCGCUGGCAUGGCACGGUGUUCUCCGGCGUAAUUUAUAAGUGUGCGCCUCUGUACAAAUCCCCGGAGGCUAUGGGCGAGCGACCCUCUCCUUCCAAAGCCAGAAAAUUAAACAAUGCAAUUCCAUUAGUUUGCUCCAUUAUGGCGCGAAAAUCCGCUCUCGUGAAGCAAACCCUAAUUGGCUCUGGACUCUUCGUAAUCGCAAUCUACGUCUUCUUCAACACUUUCCUCAGCCCCUUCGCCGAGUCUUCCGACACAGCACUACCUCAUGAUUAUGCGCAGAGGCUUUCCGUAGUGAAGGACACUUUUUCUGGAAAGUCGUCGAGAGUGAAGGUUUACAUGUACGAUUUGCCCAAGACGUUCACCUAUGGAAUCAUCGAGCAUCAUGCGAUGGCGCGCGGGUCACUCAAUGCGCCGGUCCAUGACGUGUCAACCUUGAAGUAUCCCGGGCAUCAGCACAUGGGAGAGUGGUACUUCUUCGCUGAUCUUCUCCGACCGGAGUUCGAGCGUGUCGGCUCUCCCGUUGUCAAGGUCACGGAUCCAGAGGAUGCGGACCUGUUUUAUGUGCCCGUAUUCUCGUCGUUGAGUCUGAUAGUGAACACGGGUAGGACUGAAGGGUCGAGCUUGUUUAAGGGUUACAGCGACGAGGACAUGCAGGAUGCGCUGGUGGAGUGGCUUGAGAGCCAGCAGUACUGGAAGAGAAAUAGCGGGUGGGAUCAUGUGAUCAUUGCCGGUGACCCAAACGCUCUAUAUCGUGUCAUUGAUAAGGUCAAGAAUGCCGUACUGCUGGUAUCGGAUUUUGGUCGGCUCCGACCUGAUCAAGGUUCCCUCGUCAAGGAUGUAAUUAUGCCAUACGCCCACAGAAUCAAUACCUAUACUGGUGAUCUCGGCGUUGAGAAUCGGAAAACCCUAUUGUUCUUCAUGGGCAAUCGAUAUCGCAAAGAGGGAGGCAAAAUUCGUGAUUUGCUUUUCAAAGUUCUUGAGAAAGAAGAGGGAGUGACGAUAAAACAUGGAACACAAUCAAGGGAGAAUCGACGUGCAGCCUCACAGGGGAUGCAUACAUCAAAAUUCUGUUUAAACCCUGCUGGCGAUACUCCAUCGGCUUGCCGGCUUUUUGAUUCUAUUGUUAGCUUGUGCAUACCAGUGAUAGUCAGUGAUGAUAUUGAGUUGCCUUUUGAAGAUGUCAUUGACUAUAAGAAAAUUGCAUUAUUUGUGGAAACUUCUGAUGCUUUAAAGCUGGGAUAUUUGGUUAAGAUGCUGAGAUCGGUAACUCCUGAAAAGAUUCUAGAGUUUCAGAAAGAGUUGAGGGAGGUGAACCGAUACUUUGAGUUUGGUGACCCAAAUGGAACAGUGAAGGAAAUUUGGCGCGAAGUUGCACAAAAGUUACCUAAUAUUAAAUUGAUGAUCAAUCGUGAGAAACGAGUUGUGAAGAGGCAAUUGAGUGAACCGGACUGCUCAUGUCUAUGCACAAACAAAACUGGGACUAUCAGCUCCUUGUGAUAUUUGUCUUUAUUCAGGAUUUCUGAAUUCAAUACCUAACAAGCCCAGCUUAUGGCAGAAGAAGAGAAGUCUCUUCUGGAUCUUGGCUAGACAGAUGAAUGGUUGUUGUUGUAUCAGAAGUUCACAGUAAUCCUGUCCCAGGUGGGUUUUUCUUCCAUUCAAGAGGGUGACAAAUCCUGUCAUGAUAAAAUGUUUCUUGCAUUUGUUAUUGUUCUAGAUUUGGCACAUCGCUCAGCCUUGUCUUUUACAAUGUUAUGAAGCAUAGAUCCGCCACAGGAAAAUUCAAUUAGCUGUUGCUACUGUAAUUGAUUUGUACAUUAAAGGAAAUAAAAAUACCAAAUUUCUGUUUUGAUUAUCUGCUAUUACGGACAGCUGCAAUGACAUAGGACAAAUUUAUCUCUUGAA